AUGGCUAAUUUUCGUUCCAGCUUGAGUAAGCUUUCGUUUAUUAAAAUACGUCGGUUCUCCGCGUUACGUGAUCAAGAAAAACCUUUAUCUCAGAACUUAGGAUCCUAUAUAGGGCCAAAAAAAGUUAAGAUCGUAGAAGUUGGUCCUCGUGAUGGUCUACAAAAUGAAAAGCAGCCUAUAUCAACAGAGAUUAAGAUAAAUUUUAUAAAUAAAUUAUCAAGGACGGGUUUGAAGGUGAUCGAGGCAACUUCUUUUGUGUCGCCGAAACUAGUUCCUCAGAUGGCAGAUUGUGAAGAAGUUAUGAAAAAAAUAACACGUGAACCGGGGGUUAAUUAUCCAGUUCUGACCCCCAAUCUUAAAGGCUUGGAAAAAGCUAUUUCUGUAAACGCAGGAGAAGUGGCUAUUUUUGGUACAGCCUCCGAGACAUUUAGUCAAAAGAAUAUCAAUUGUUCAAUAGAGGAGAGCUUUUCACGAUUUCAUCAGGUAAUUGAACGUGAAGUCCCACCUGAAGCGGUUGCAAAGAUUGCUGAACGGUUGUACAAGAUGGGAUGUUACGAAAUAUCCCUAGGGGAUACAAUCGGUGUUGGUACACCUGGUUCAUUAACCAACAUGUUAUCCGCAGUACGCAAAGUGAUUCCGGUUGAACGUUUAGCAUUACAUUGCCAUGAUACUUAUGGUCAGGCUCUCGCAAACAUAUAUUGCGCCUCGGAGCAUGGAGUAAGAGUCUUUGAUAGCUCGGUUGCAGGUUUAGGAGGAUGUCCCUUUGCUAAAGGAGCAACCGGAAACGUGGCAACAGAAGACGUGGUAUAUAUGUUACAAGGAAUGGGUUUUCAUACGGGUGUGAAUCUUGAAAAUCUAGUACGCACUGGUAAUUAUAUUUCGCAACAUUUGGGUAGACAAAAUGGAUCGAAAACGGCCGUUGCUUUAACUGCCAAGAAUAAUGUGUGA